AUGGGCCUGCCGUGGGACUCCGACUCCGACCUGGACUCCGAAUCGGACAGCGCCAGCGGCAGCGAUGACGGCUACGGCGGCCGAGGCGGCGACGCGGAGGACGGCAUGAUCGAGAUCGAGCUGGAGGAGGACAGCCUCAUCGAGAUCGACAUCUCCAGGUUCCGGUGA